AGUGAGCGAGCGAGAGCAAGUUGAGGGGAGGGGGUGUAAGAGCCGGCAAAUUCUUUUUCUUUUUCUAUUAUUAUUUUGACGACUCCCGAGUUGCGCCCAUGCUCCUGUCAGCUUCGUUUUAGGCGUAGCACAGCCAGGCAGAAGAAAAUGGGGCAAAGCGUGCUCCGGGCGGUCUUCUUUUUAGUCCUGGGGCUUUUGGGUCAUUCUCACGGAGGAUUCCCCAACACCAUCAGCAUAGGUGGACUUUUCAUGAGAAACACGGUCCAGGAGCACAGCGCUUUCCGCUUUGCUGUGCAGUUAUACAACACCAACCAGAACACCACUGAGAAGCCCUUCCAUUUGAACUACCACGUAGACCACUUGGAUUCCUCCAAUAGUUUUUCAGUGACUAAUGCUUUCUGCUCCCAGUUCUCCAGAGGGGUGUACGCUAUCUUUGGAUUCUAUGACCAGAUGUCAAUGAACACCCUGACCUCCUUCUGUGGGGCCCUGCACACAUCUUUUGUCACACCCAGCUUUCCCACUGAUGCAGAUGUGCAGUUUGUCAUCCAGAUGCGCCCAGCCUUAAAGGGUGCCAUUCUGAGUCUUCUGGGUUACUACAAGUGGGAGAAGUUUGUGUACCUCUAUGACACAGAACGAGGGUUUUCCAUCCUACAAGCAAUUAUGGAAGCAGCAGUGCAAAACAACUGGCAAGUGACAGCAAGGUCUGUGGGAAACAUAAAGGACAUCCAGGAAUUCAGACGCAUCAUUGAAGAAAUGGACAGAAGGCAGGAAAAACGAUACUUGAUUGACUGUGAAGUCGAAAGGAUUAACACAAUUUUGGAACAGGUUGUGAUCCUGGGGAAACAUUCAAGAGGUUAUCACUACAUGCUUGCUAACCUGGGCUUUACUGACAUUUUACUGGAAAGAGUCAUGCAUGGGGGAGCCAACAUUACAGGUUUCCAGAUUGUCAACAAUGAAAACCCAAUGGUUCAGCAGUUCAUACAGCGCUGGGUGAGACUGGAUGAAAGGGAAUUCCCUGAAGCCAAGAAUGCACCACUAAAGUAUACAUCUGCAUUGACACAUGACGCAAUACUGGUCAUAGCAGAAGCCUUCCGAUACCUGAGGAGGCAGCGAGUGGAUGUAUCCCGCAGAGGCAGUGCUGGAGACUGCUUAGCAAAUCCUGCUGUGCCCUGGAGUCAAGGAAUUGAUAUUGAGAGAGCUCUGAAAAUGGUGCAAGUACAAGGAAUGACAGGAAACAUCCAAUUUGACACUUAUGGACGUAGGACAAAUUAUACCAUUGAUGUGUAUGAAAUGAAAGUCUCAGGCUCUCGAAAAGCUGGUUACUGGAACGAGUAUGAAAGGUUUGUGCCCUUCUCAGAUCAACAAAUCAGCAAUGACAGCUCAUCCGCAGAGAACAGGACCAUUGUAGUGACUACCAUUCUGGAAUCACCAUAUGUGAUGUAUAAAAAGAAUCAUGAGCAACUGGAAGGAAAUGAGCGCUAUGAAGGCUAUUGUGUUGAUUUAGCCUAUGAAAUAGCCAAACACGUAAGGAUCAAAUACAAAUUGUCUAUUGUCGGUGAUGGGAAAUAUGGCGCAAGAGAUCCAGAGACUAAAAUAUGGAAUGGCAUGGUUGGGGAACUUGUCUAUGGAAGAGCUGAUAUAGCUGUUGCUCCACUCACCAUAACAUUGGUCCGUGAAGAAGUCAUAGAUUUUUCAAAGCCAUUUAUGAGCCUGGGGAUCUCCAUCAUGAUAAAGAAGCCUCAGAAAUCAAAGCCAGGCGUAUUUUCAUUCCUGGAUCCUUUAGCUUAUGAGAUCUGGAUGUGCAUUGUCUUCGCUUACAUUGGAGUCAGUGUAGUUCUCUUCCUAGUCAGCAGAUUUAGCCCCUACGAGUGGCACUUGGAAGACAACAAUGAAGAACCUCGCGACCCACAAAGCCCUCCUGAUCCUCCCAAUGAAUUUGGAAUAUUUAACAGUCUUUGGUUUUCCUUGGGUGCUUUUAUGCAGCAAGGAUGUGAUAUUUCUCCAAGAUCACUUUCUGGGCGCAUUGUUGGAGGGGUUUGGUGGUUCUUCACCCUGAUCAUAAUCUCUUCCUACACUGCAAACCUUGCUGCUUUCCUGACCGUGGAGAGGAUGGUGUCCCCCAUAGAGAGUGCUGAAGAUUUAGCCAAGCAGACUGAAAUUGCAUAUGGGACCCUGGACUCUGGUUCAACAAAAGAAUUUUUCAGAAGAUCCAAAAUUGCUGUGUAUGAGAAAAUGUGGUCUUACAUGAAAUCCGCAGAGCCAUCUGUGUUUACCAAAACAACAGCUGAUGGGGUAGCCCGAGUUCGGAAGUCCAAGGGAAAGUUCGCCUUCCUGCUGGAGUCAACCAUGAAUGAGUACAUUGAGCAGAGAAAGCCGUGUGAUACGAUGAAAGUUGGUGGAAAUCUGGAUUCCAAAGGCUAUGGUGUGGCAACCCCUAAAGGCUCAGCAUUAAGAACGCCUGUAAACCUUGCAGUAUUGAAACUCAGUGAACAAGGCAUCUUAGACAAGCUGAAAAACAAAUGGUGGUACGAUAAGGGGGAAUGUGGAGCCAAGGACUCCGGGAGUAAGGACAAGACCAGUGCUCUAAGCCUGAGCAAUGUGGCAGGCGUGUUCUAUAUACUUGUCGGAGGUCUGGGGCUGGCCAUGAUGGUGGCUUUGAUAGAAUUCUGUUACAAAUCACGGGCAGAGUCCAAACGCAUGAAACUCACAAAGAACACCCAAAACUUUAAGCCUGCUCCUGCCACCAACACUCAGAAUUACGCUACAUACAGAGAAGGCUACAACGUGUAUGGAACAGAAAGUGUUAAGAUCUAGGGAUCCCUUCCCACCAGAAGCAUGCAAUGAGAGGAAAUCACUGAAAACGUGGCUGCUUCAAGGAUCCUGAGCCAGAUUUCACUCUCCUUGGUGUCGGGAUGACACGAAUAUUGCUGAUGGUGCAAUGACCUUUCAAUAGGAAAAACUGAGUUUUUUUUUUUUCCUUCAGUGCCUUAUGGAACACUCUGAGACUUGGGACAAUGCAAACCAUCAUUGAAAUCUUUUUGCUUUGCUUGAAAAAAUUAAAAUAAAACCAACAAAAAGUGGACAUGCAAGAUUCCAGUAUGUGGAAAAAAAUCUUAUUAAAAACAUCAAUUCAACAAAAGCCAUUCUUUGAUACCACUGCACAGUAUACAAAACCAUGUUCGUUAACACACACACACACACACAUACACACACACAAACACACACACACGUAUACACACUCACACAUACAAAUUUAUUCUAAUUCAGCAAAUAGACCCAUCUUAGCUAAAAGAAGUAAUUCCUCCUGAUGUAAAAAAAAAAAAAGAAAGAAAGAAAGAAAAGAAAAAGAAAAGAAAUCUGUCUCCCAGUGUUCGGGCAGACUGGCAUUUCUUCUAGGAUCUGCUGAUCAGAUGUUUUUGGUAUUUCCUGUUGGUGGUGAUGUUCUGUGCACCCUAUUUCCUUUUGAUGUUGCUGAAUUGUGUAAAUCUUUAAAAUGUAAAUGUGACACUUAAGAAAAUUCAAAUGCUUUGGGAAAGAGACUGAAUGGUGACAGAAUCCUUGCAAUGGUUUUGUGGGGGAAAAAGUUGGAGAACUCCCCAUAGUGGAGGUGAAGGGAUUAAUAGAGCUUUUGAAAUUGACUUCUGUGCGUAGCUGGGGGCAGGGCACUAUCAGGCAUACCUCUUGGUGCUUUCCUAAAAUGAUCCCGGGAGCUUUCCAAGAAGCCUGGAAUUACAGCUCACAGAUCUGUUUCUCUUGCUUCAGUGUGCAUUUUAAGUCAAAAUAGCUGAGUAGUUGACAGUAAGCAUUGAGGUGAGGAAAGUGCUGCCUAUUCUCCCAGACGUGUUUGGAAUAUCUUUCUCAGAAACAACACUGUGUUUAGCUCUGCUUUCUCUGCUAAGUAUGCCUUUUAAGUGUACAACACGGAGACAGGACCCGUGUUGCCAGGCAGGCCAGUGGGUUCAGACCACAGUUCUCAAUCUAACUUUACUCUUGCUAGGUCUGUUUUACCAGCUGUUGCCUGUUACCGCCUGCCUGUGGCUCUCCGUCAGACUGCAUGUGUCCUUUUCUAGUUUGCAAAGACUAAGAUGCAUUCCUAAACCUAUUGCUAACCUGAGGGACCUAAGCAUCACUCCCAGGUCCUUGCUUGGAGCAGUCUCUCUACUGACUCACCGAAGAUCGCCCCACUGCUCCAUGGGCUCUCAAGUAACUAAUUGCAAACCUGCUGUUGGCAUCAUCAGACCAGUCAGAGGAAAUAGUCUCCGCUCACUAAUUACCUCCUAUAUAACGACGUAUGCUUUACGUAGUUCAGUAGUAUGCUCUCAUCAGUAACGUGCAUUGGAAAGUUUCCAGACUGUACAAAUUAGGAGCCCACCUUCAUUUCCCAAGUGUGACCCUUAGAUGCUUAGUUGACUCGCUGCAUAUUUGCUCUCGUCUUUAGAAAAGAAAGGAAGAGGUCUCGUUCCACUGAAACAUUUCCAGAAAGGUGUAAUAUAAACUUUCAUUCCAGAAAGUGUGUCAUAAGCAAAUAACUCACCUGUCAGAUUUUAAAUGGUAUUGAACACAAAAGAAAGCUGUUGUGUUUUGUUUUGUUUUGUUUUCAUGAAACUGUGAUUUUUCAAUUUAUGAAUGCUAUAAUGUCCCAGUGUGGGAAGCUAAUGCUGUGUGAAUAUCAACUUGUACAAAACAAACCAACUGACCUAUACACAAACAUUUUCAUAGGCACUGUAUAAAGAGAAAUGUAUGUUUAUUGACUCAAAUCAGUUUUUCAGAGAGGAAACUUUACUGAGAUUAAGAAGCGGGUAAAUUGGUUUGUUAUUUAAAAAAAAACUUGCAUGUUUUAAAAAAUGUUGAUUGCUUCAAAUUUCUGCUAUUAACUUCAAGCUAUGGGAGUUUGGCGGUAGUCAAUUGAGGAUUUUUUUCCAAUUCUUUUCUUUUUGUUGUUAAAGCUGUACUUCAAUGAACAGAAAAAUUGCCAAGCAAACUAAUGGCCGUAAAAGUGUAAAUUGCAUGUGUGGGCAUAAUUACCGAACCUCAUUGCCAUGAGGUACUGUACAAAGUUUUAAUACAUUUUGUAAA